CUGUUGGUAUACUUGUCACCAUCAAGUUGAACCACCACGAAAAUAUGAACUGCUUCGAUUCUGCCUUGUGAUGUAUAUUUGUUAUGUUUUGUUUGUUUACAUUAUGAAUUUGAAUGUUUUAGUAGUGUCUUAACAAAACUAAUAUUAUUACGUUUUAGUACACCGAAACGAAUUAUCAUAACUGAAAACGGAUUUUCAGUGGGCAGGUGGUAGUUAUUGUUUCACAUGGUUGGGCCCAUCCCACCUGCUAUUGAUUGAGAGGUAGCUGUACUACGGUUGCCGCGGCAACACAACCAACAUGGCCGCUGAUAUGUAAAUGUGGUGUAGUGUCAGUGUGGCGACGGUGGCGAAGACGACCACGGCUAGACUGAGGAAUGCUUGUUCACAACGAUGAACCGAUAUAUCACCCUCAAUCAGCUGGGAGACGGCACCUAUGGCUCGGUGGUCCUCGGCCAACGCAUUGACACGGGCGAGAAGGUGGCCAUCAAAAGAAUGAAAAGAAAAUACAAGUCUUGGGAAGAGGCUAUGAACCUCCGGGAGGUGAAGUCCCUGAAGAAGCUGAGCCAUGCCAAUGUGGUGAAACUGAAGGAAGUGAUUCGUGAGAAUGACACCCUCUACUUUGUCUUUGAGUAUAUGAAGGAGAACCUCUACCAACUGAUGAAGGAUAGGGACAAACUGUUCCCGGAGCCGGUCAUCCGAAACAUGCUGUACCAGGUGCUACAGGGACUGGCGUUCAUGCACCGGCACGGGUUCUUCCACAGAGACAUGAAGCCGGAGAACGUCCUGUGCUGCGGACCCGAACUGGUCAAGAUCGCAGACUUUGGGCUUGCCCGCGAGAUCCGCUCCAACCCUCCCUAUACUGACUACGUGUCAACUAGGUGGUACAGAGCCCCGGAAGUGUUGCUCCAUUCUACUGUCUACUCCAGCCCCAUAGACCUAUGGGCGGUGGGUUGUAUCAUGGCAGAGCUCUACACAUUCAGGCCUUUGUUUCCUGGAAACAGUGAGAUAGACCAGAUAUUCAAGAUCUGCUCAGUUCUCGGCACUCCUGACAAGAGGGAGUGGUAUGAGGGUCACCAGUUGGCAGCUAAUAUGAACUUCAAGUUCCCACACUUCCGGCGUACGCCGCUGGGUUCUCUGAUCCCUCACGCAAGCCGUGAUGCCAUCGUUCUGCUGGAGGCUCUGCUGCAUUGGAACCCUGCCAAGCGACCAACUGCACAGCAUUCACUGAGACAAGCGUACUUCCAAGUGGGAGGCAAACUAAGUGGGAUGCUGCCAGAGGAUCGACUGAGAGCGCAGUACAUCCGGCAGCCGUCAGGGCGCAGCACUGUCAAGUUGCCGGCCCAUGUCACACUCAACGAGAAGGACUUUGUUGAUCUUCUCAGUGGUGACAAGGAAGUCAAGGAGAACCGAGGCUGGUACCAAGGCACGACGCCGAGGUCAAAGAAGCUCUCAGCCAAGCAACAUUACCUCUCGGUGGCUCGGUACGUCGCCGGACAUCCAAUUACUUUUGUCAAUAAUGAGCAAUAUCAAAAAAAGCCACUGGCAACGCGUCAAGACAUAUUCGCGCAUAACAAGUUGUAUGCAGGUGGCAACAAUCCUACUACAGGCCGCGCGAGAGUCUACGGACGCACAGACUGGGCCGCUAAAAAGAAAGUGAAGCACCGUUCUCCGCUGCGGGCCGUCACCAGUAAGGUCCCAAGGGCGCCGGGUGAUGUCGUCACAAACCGUGCUGGAUCGUUCCGCAAACGCACCCUAUCCGUGAGUAAGGGGAGGCAUGCGUAGCGUGCAGGGGUGUGCCCCCAGGCCUAUAAAAUCUCUGUCUCUUUGUAGAUCUAGUGUUAGAAUUACUGCUUGGAAAUGUCACCUUUUAGCUGGUUUCCAUAGGGAAAUCGCUCAUGGCUUUGCUGUGGAAUUUGCACUGAUUCCACAGAUUUCUGUUUGGGUGGGUAUACCUCUGCACCCUUCCGAUGCUGAAGUUUCAACACCUUGUUUUCUCCUUUAGUUUCUCUAUUUCAGUGUUUGCAACACCCGAGUUAACUUCGAAUCAACAAGCUAAC